AUGUCUAAACUCCAAAUACUAAGAUGUUUAGUCAACCAGCGACUAACUGCGGCUGCUGAAGAGGUAUUCGGUCUGUUUGAACGAACGAUAGCAGAGUACGAGGAGGAGCGACGGAAACUACUUCAGACUAGAGCAGACAUCCAGCAGCCGUUGGUUCUUAAAGAAGAGGUUCCCCCCGAGCAGCAGGAGUGGAGCUCCGGUCUGGACCAGGAGGAUCCAGAACCUCCACACAUUAAGGAGGAGCAGGAGGAACUCUCCAUUCAGGAGGGAGAGCAGCUCCAAGGGCUGGAGGAAGUCUAUAUCAACUUCCCAUUUACGUUGGUCACUGUGAAGACUGAAGAGGGCGUCGAUGAGAGGGAUCAGUCCUCACAGCUUCAUGAGAGCCACACUGAGGACAACAGAGGGGCAGAGCUUUUGAAAACGGAAGCCGAUGAGGAUGACUGUGGCGGAUCAGAAUCAGUCAGUAACUCAGAUCCAGAUGGUUCUUUUCAACCAGCUACUCAUGACGAGAAUUCAUCCUCUGAAUCCGAUGACAAGACUUCAUCCUCCUCUGAAUCUGAGACUGAUGUCAGCGGUAGUGACUGGGAGGAGACUGGGGAACCUCCAUCAGGUCCAAACCCUUUGCAAAACAAUGACGUAAAUGAUGGUGAUGAAUGUAAUACUGGAUAUGUGGAAGGAGCUAGAAGUUUUGGCCACGAGGGACGUCUGCAGAAACUCUCACCCUUAGGAGUUCAUUCGGAUGGAAAACGUUUCGGCUGCCCAGUUUGUAAAACAAGUUUCAGUUCCAGUGCCAUUUUGGUUAGACACAUUAGAACCCACUCUGGGGAGAAACCAUUCAGCUGUUCAGUUUGUUGUAAAAAAUUCACUCUUAACCGACACAUGAAACGACACUUGGCUCUCCACACGGGGGAGAAACUGUUUAGCUGUUCACUUUGUAGUAGAAGAUAUACACAACAGGGUAGUCUGACACGACACAUGACCAGCCACACUGGGGAGAAACCGUUUAGUUGUUCGUUUUGCGGAAAAGGAUUCUCGCAUCAAGGUAAUCUCAAACAACACUUGACGAGCCACACAGGAGGGAAACCGUUCAGUUGUUCAGAGUGUGGAAGGGGAUUUGCACAAAAGGAACUGUUGAAACAACACAUGGUCGUCCACACGGGGGAGAAACCGUUCGGCUGUUCAGUUUGUAGUAAAAGAUUCACACAACAUGGCAGUCUGACGCGACACUUGGCUCUCCACACGGGGGAGAAACCGUUUACUUGUGGGGUCUGUGGGAGAGGAUUCUCUCAACAUAGUAGUCUGAAACGACACCUGACUGCCCACAGACGAGGAACAAUUUAGGUGCAAAAUGUAGGUGAAAGAUUUGCACUGAAUCACCAU